UGUACAGAAGAGGCUCAUCGGCCCGUGGACUGUGAUACCGUGUCCAAAUGGAUUUUGAAAAACAGUGCCGAGUCAGAAAAUAUGAAUUGGAUCUUGGCUAAUUCCAAGCCCUGUCCGAAGUGCAAGCGGCCAAUUGAAAAGAACCAAGGGUGUAUGCACAUGACUUGUACGCCACCAUGUAAAUUUGAGUUUUGCUGGUUAUGUCUUGGUGCGUGGUCAGACCAUGGUGAAAGGACUGGUGGAUUUUAUGCAUGUAAUCGCUAUGAAUCAGCAAAACAAGAGGGUGUGUAUGAUGAAGCCGAGAGGAGGAGAGAGAUGGCCAAAAACUCUCUGGAGAGAUACACGCAUUACUACGAACGUUGGGCAACCAACCAAUCGUCGAGGCAAAAAGCAAUGGCAGAUCUGCAUCAAAUGCAAACUGUUCAUCUUGAAAAGCUUAGUGAAAUACAGUGCCAACCCGAGUCACAGUUGAAGUUCAUUUUAGAAUCCUGUCAACAGAUAGUUGAAUGUAGGAGAGUGUUAAAAUGGACUUAUGCAUAUGGAUACUACCUACCCGAACAGGAGCAUGCAAAAAGGCAGUUUUUUGAGUACUUACAAGGUGAGGCAGAGGCUGGUUUAGAGAGGCUUCAUCAAUGUGCUGAAAAGGAACUCCAAACUUACCUUAAUGCUACAGGACCGUCCAAGGAUUUCAAUGAUUUUCGUACGAAGCUCGCUGGUCUAACAAGUGUUACCCGAAAUUACUUUGAGAAUCUGGUUAGAGCACUGGAGAAUGGUCUUGCAGAUGUGGAUUCCCAAGGUGCUUGUAGUAAGGCAGCCAGCUCAAAGAACGUAGCUGGGAGCAGCAAGGCCAAAGGAGGUGGUAGGGGUAAGAGCUCCACUCGGACAUGAGACUCAAGCGAAUACUUGGAUGACUAUAUACUUGGAUGUUCAGAUGGGAUAUGUUAAAAACGGAUACUCACAAGAGUCAAACGAGGGGUUGAUGAUUCUCUAAUUGAAGCCAAUUGUCAGAGAAUAGCAUAGAGGUAAAAAAGAUCCCCUGAAAAUGAAGUUUGCUCUUGUGCAUCUUCAAGGGGAAACUAAUGGUUUUGUUUGUAAAUAGUCUGUGAUAGUUAGGUGCAGGACUAUCAACUCAUCUCUUUCAGGGGAAGUGGGCAGUGGCUACAAACAUAACUGUGCUGUUGUUCUUUCUGGUGACUUGUGUAUAAGGGUUCCUUGUGUGUAUAUAAUGAUAUGUGCUGCUUAUAUAUUGUUAUUGGAAUGCAGAUAAUCCUUUCACUAUUUGAGUAGCAUGUCAGUAUUUUUAACUGA